CCCCUUCACAAUCACACCGCCGGAACGUGCGGCCCUCUGCUCUGCUCAGCACAGAGCUUCGCCCAGCUGAGAACAUCCUCCCGAGUCUUCUUACUCCAUUACAAACAUGGAGAACAGCCUCGACAAUCUCGAUGCCUUCUACGGCUUUGACCCUUCCUUCGACCCCAACCGCCAGACCUUCCUCAACCUCCAGUCCCAGUCCUGGCCGUUGCCCCUCCAGUCGGCCAUGUCUCACAACAACAACAAUAACAACAGCGCGGAUGCAAACGCGAACGCUCAGCACCAGCACCACCAGCAGCGACGCCUGAACACGGUCGCUGCGACGACGGCUGGCAACCCGAACUCGCUCGCGACCUCGUCGUGUCCGGUCGCUCCCCUCCAGACGUCAAACUUGGGAUUUCCCUCCGCGAUGCCGACGGCGAAUCCUAUGCUGACCGACUGGGUUCAGCUGGGCUCGACCAGCUUUGCUCAGCAAGCCUACAAUCAAGACAUGGCGACGCUGAACGGGCCCGAUUUCACGACCUUUGGUGGCCCGCUGCAGACCUCCCCCGUGGUGGACUUCGGCAUCAACACGUCACAAGGCCAGAACUUCCUGAGCACCACUCUCUCAAUGGAGGCACCCUUCAGCCUCAUGGCGCCCGCCUCAAUGACUCCCUACCAGAUGGCCGACUUCCAUCGAGAGCUCACAAACAAUUUUUCCAGCAGCCAGACCGACUUCAACACGACCGCCGCUAGUGCCGGCAGCGUGACCACCGGUUCGCCGACAGAGAGCUGGAUGGAGUUACGGUCCCUCUCAAGCAGCGAUAAUGGCUGGGUCGACAUUAGUGGUCACCGUAGCUCCUUCGAUCUGACAAACGACACCACCCUGAUAUUCAAUCCCCAUGAAACCCUCCACAUUCGCACCAGCUCAGAAUCCUCACAGCUGUCCUCAGACGCCCCGCGGUCCGCAGCCUCAUUCAGCAGCUACGAGGAGAUCCAGUUCCCCAUGAACUCACCCCAGUCGGAGGUCGAAAACCUCGAACUUGGGCACUCCCAGGCUUGCACGCACGGCCUCCCACACCACGAUCACGACUUUCCCUACAUCUCCCCCAGCCAGUCCGUCAGCCCGCCUAUCACUCGUGCUGAGCCCGUCGACAUCAAGCAGCCUGUCUCAUCUUCAGCUUCACCCACCUCAUCAGCCGUCAGCUCACCGCCAUCCCGGCGGCGGAAGAGUCCGGUUGGUGCCAAGGUUGCCAAGACGAUCGUGAAGAAGACCCCGGCUCACUCCACCAAGAAAGAUCACGUGGGAGAGAAGCGGGUGGGCAGACGGCGCGGUCCGCUGAGGCCUGACCAGCGACAGCAGGCUCACGAGAUCCGAAAGUUGCGUGCUUGUCUACGAUGCAAGUUCCUCAAGAAGACAUGUGACAAGGGUGAUCCAUGCGGUGGAUGCCAGCCUUCUCAUGCUCGUCUCUGGCAAGUGCCGUGUACGCGUAUCGAUAUCAAAGAUAUCGCCUACUUCAUGAAGGACUGGAAGGCUGACUAUGAGCGCCAUGUCAGCCUCGGUUUCUCUGUUGGCAACAUCAAGGGGUUCUCCCCCCAGGAGCGUCCGAUCUACGUCACCCACGGAUAUGGCCACUUCCUUCCCAUCAUGGCUCGUGAGGUGUACGUUCGCGAUGAGAAGUGCUUCGGUGUCGAUUGGGUUGAGACUCUUCAUGGCUACCACUUCGAGAUCAACACUGCUAAGCUGUCCGCUGGUAUGGAGGGUAUUUCCCAUAGCAUGCUCUCUGACUACCUCGACCGCCACAUCGAUGGUGGAUUUGAGCAGUUCGUCGAUGAGUACUUCGAAGGCACCUACUUCGUCACCGAGCUGUUGAAGACGGCGUACCGCUUCUACUGCCGCGAGAAGCUUCCCGUUAUCCGAAAGGCCCUCAAGCUCGUCAUCGCCUACAACCUGACGCUCCACGUCACCAUGGUCGAGGGCCUGCCUGAGGAUGAGUGCAACCUUGGCAAGGUCGAGGACAAGAACUCCAAAUUCUGCGGCAAGACUGUUGCUCCCGUCAUGAUCAACUUCCAGGUGAAGUGUGCCCUCGCCGACAUGUGGCGUGAGCUUCAGAAGGAUGUCCUUGAAGAGCUUUCUUCGCUAUACUCCUCGGUGUACAGCGGCGAGAAGCUGAAGAACUGGCCAACCAUCUUUAUGCUCGCUGCCAUCUUACUUGCAGUUUGGGAGCUGAUUCAAUUCGACUGCUCUUAUCGGGUUCCAGACCAGCAGGCGGUGAAUAAGUUCUGUAACGACAUGGAGAGCACCCCUGUCGGUGUUAUCGUGGGCCUUUUCUCGGCGAUCUCGCAGAAACUUCCCGCGUUUACCGAGUGGGAUACGCGGAAGCACCACCACUUGCUAAACUCGAAUCCAGCGGUGUGCGACGCCAUGACUGAGGUCCGAGCGCAUGUCACUAAAUAUGAAACCUACCUGAGGUCAAGGAGCGAGUGCAAAUUCGAUCGGUCUGACUUCGACUCUUUGUCGAACAAGUUCCUGUCAAAACUUGUCAUUCGGGCAAAUUAAUAUUCUCCCUCCACCUCCCGCCUCAAGAUCUUAUCCUUCAUCCUUACUAUGGCUGUUUCAUAUUCGCCUCUACUAUUACUUGAAGCCUCAUCACUAGCCCUCGACACCCUGCAGCCUACCUCCUGACCGAUUAACGAUUCCACGGAUCACGUGUUCUGAUUUGCACGCAACCUACGAUCACCCUCACGGCUGACGACUUAAAAGCAUGAUGACGCCUUUUGGCUGUUUGCUUCUCUUUUGAUAUUUGGU